UUUAGUUUUGUUAUAAUUGCCAUAAUGUGUUCCAGAAGUGAGUUAAUAUUGGAAUUAGCUGAGAAAGCGUAUAAAAACACUGAAACGGAUAUUUCUUAUCGUUCUUUUGAAGGUAAACAUAUUGCUGAAAGUAUUGUAGAAGAAAGCAAAUACAAAAAGGCGAAUGAGGAUCCUGGUGACCACGAGACUGAUAUUAAUCCUGAAUGUUUUACAGUAAGCUUAGAAGAGAAUGAAGCCAAUAGGAAUGAAAAUGAAAUAAUUGAGAAUGAAAGCGAUGAGGAACCAUUUCAUGCAGACUCUGAUACUGACCCAGAUUACAUUCCGACAGUAAGCUUAGAAGAGAAUGAAGCCAAUAGGAAUGAAAAUGAAAUAAUUGAGAAUGAAAGCGAUGAGGAACCAUUUCAUGCAGACUCUGAUACUGACCCAGAUUACAUUCCGACAGUAAGCUUAGAAGAGAAUGAAGCCAAUAGGAAUGAAAAUGAAAUAAUUGAGAAUGAAAGCGAUGAGGAACCAUUUCAUGCAGACUCUGAUACUGACCCAGAUUACAUUCCGACAGAAGACAAAAACAUCCCUGAAGUAAUAAUUGAACCUAAUAAGAAUAUAACUGAAGCAACCACAAAUAGAAAGAGAAGAAGCAGAGGCAAUAUAGAGAGAGUAAGUAGGAAAAGAAUUAGAGACGUUAGUGAGUGGGCGGAUGAAAAAUCUAAAACAAGUCUAAACCUGGGACUUGAACAUGAAAAUCGAAAAGGUAUUCAAAUUAAAGGAAGACAGAUGGGUGCACCAUGCGCAAACACAUGUAGACUAAAAUGUGCUACCAAAAUAGCUAAAGAAGAUAGAGACCUUUGUUUCAAUGAAUUUUGGAAGUUAAAAGAUCAUACGAGAAAGUGGGAUUUUAUUGCUCGUCAUGUGAGACAGGUUGCCAAAAAAACAAGUAACUAUUACUGCAGAACAACGGUCUCGAAGAAAUUACUCUCGAGAAUAUUACUUCUACAUUCGCAAUGAAAAACAACGUGUUUGCAAAACUAUGUUUUUGGAAACCCUUAACGUUUCAGAAACUUGGAUCACUACAGCAUUAAGGAAACUGAAAGAUGGUGGAUCAUUAGAGGAAGAUAAACGUGGAAAGCACACUAACAGACCACAUAAACUAUCACCAAAACUUAUAGACAACGUAAAAAAUCACAUAAAUCAGUUUCCUGUAGUACCUUCCCAUUAUACCCGUAAGAAUACGAUGAAGAUGUACCUUGAAGAAGGGCUAACUAUCCAGAAAAUGUACCGAUUGUACAACGAGCAUUGCAAAAAAAAUAACAUCACUACAGCUGCCACGUCACGCCAGUAUAGAGAUAUUUUCAAUGAACAGUUCAAUAUUGGGUUCUUUAAACCAAAAAAGGACCAGUGUACUGUUUGUUCUGUUUUUAAUAUGGCUAGUGAU